GUUCGCAAAUCGAAACCGCCGCUCCGACGCCGGCGAGAUGGCCGCCGCUGCGUCCCACUUCUCCGGCAUGGUGCUCAUGCCGUCGCAGCGCAGCGGGGCAUCCGGGGCGGAGUACUCCGCCGCCGGCACCGUCGCCGCUGCUCCUUCCCCUUCCAAGACGCGCGACCCCCGCUUCUCCGGAUGCGUCCCCGCUACCGUGCGCCACAUUUCCCGGUCCUUCGCCGCCGCGGCCGCCGCGGACGGCGGUGGCGACCCCGUCUUCUCCAUCGACGGCGUCGAGACCACCAACGUUAGGGUUUUGGGGAGGGUUGCGACCAUGACGAGUAGGGAGACUGACGUGUCCUUCACUCUCGAUGACGGCACCGGGAAGAUCGCACUCGUUCGGUGGAUCACCGAUCCGUCGGAUACUCGUGAGACGUCUUACAUUCAUGAUGGAGCGUAUGUCAAGGUUCAAGUGAACCUCACGGGAUUUCAAGCUAAGAAGCAGGGAUUUGCUCGAUCUAUCAGGCCUAUUACCAAUUUCAAUGAAGUGGUGCUACAUUUCAUUGAGUGUAUGCACGUGCAUUUGGACAGUAUUCAGUUGAAGAUGCAAAAGCAACUCCCUCCUGCAGUCCAGACCAAUGGAUACCCUCAUGUGCCUUUUUCUGGUGGAGUGAGAGACUACCAAGUUCAUUUCAAUCCUCAAGUAAACCAAGGAUUACCUCCUGCAGUUCAAACAAAUACAUCUACUUAUGUGCCUCUUUCUGGUGGAGUUAGAGAUUAUCAAGCUCAUUUUCCUCAAGUAAACCAAGAGCAAUUUCAUCCGGCAGUUCAAGCAAGCACAACUGCUCAUGUGCCUUUUUCUGGUGGAGUUAGAGAACAUCAAAUUCAUUUUACUCCUAAAGUAACCCAAGGGCAAUUUCCUCCAUCAGUUCAAACUAACGCAUCUGCUCAUGUGCCUUAUUCUGGUGUCAUUAGAGAACAUCAAGCUCAUUUUACACCUCCAAUAAACCAAGGGCAAUUUCCUCCAGUUCCAACAAGCACAUAUAAUCAUGUCCCUUUUUCUGGUGGAGUGAAAGAACAAGUUCAUCUUACUCAAGCAAACCAAGCCCAGUUUCCAGCUUACUCAGUCACUGGUGGAUUACAGCAUGACGUCCAAAGAAUGGUUUUGGAAGUCAUGAAGCAACCAGAUAUACUUGCUUUCGAACAUGGAGUACAUGUUGAUGAAUUGGCUCGAAGAACUGGAAUGCCUAAACCAAAAAUAGUGGAAGCUACCAAGCAUCUGGCUGAUGAAGGCCACGUUUAUUGGACCAUUGACGACAAUCAUGUCAAGUCUAUGUUUAACGGUUGAUCAAUGCAAUCAUCUUCAAGACUAGUAUAGCAGUGUGAGAUUAAGUGCGACUGCAGAUGCUAAAAGUUCAUGCCACAUGCUGUAAGUACUCAUAUAGGGUGUAAAUGACUCAGUGUUUCCUGUCUACAAAUCAAACAAGAAAACGACAUGUUUCACACUUGGAAGCUGUGAUUGCUGAAUGGAUCUGCUUGUUACUACUACGAAGCUCACUGGCUUCUUGGAUGUACAAUUUAAUCUCUUCAUGCUUAGGUCUUUUCUGC